CAGACUGGCCAGGGUGCCUCGGCAAAGGAGAGCGGCGAGUGGGACCACCCCGGGAGUGACUUCCCGGGGUGGGGGCUGGAAGGUGGAGCCGGCCGGGAGGGUUGCAAUCCCUGUGUCCCUGGGGCUGAGGGCGGCGGCGGUGGAUCGCGCGCGGCGGGACCGGUCGCCCAGCGCACGGCCGGGAUCAGCAACCGCGGCCCCAGCCGAGCCCGGGACUCAGUAUCUACAUAGAAGCACCGCGUUGACUUCAUCUCGCCAUGGAGUUUCCGAAGUCACCUGAUGGCGGGUGGGGCUGGGUGAUUGUGGCCGUCUCCUUCUUCACUCAGUUCCUCUGUUACGGAUCCCCGUUAGCCGUUGGGGUCUUGUACAUAGAGUGGUUGGAUGCCUUCGGUGAAGGAAAAGGAAAAACAGCCUGGGUGGGGUCCCUGGCAAGUGGAGUCGGCUUACUUGCAAGUCCCGUCUGCAGUCUCUGUGUGUCAUCUUUCGGAGCGAGAUCCGUCACCAUCUUCAGUGGCUUCCUGGUGGCUGGAGGCCUGAUGCUGAGCAGUCUUGCCCCCAAUAUCUACUUUCUGUUUUUUUCCUAUGGCAUCGUCGUAGGUCUCGGAUGUGGCUUGUUAUACACCGCGACAGUGACCAUCACGUGCCAGUAUUUUGACAGCCGCCGAGGCCUCGCGCUUGGCCUGAUUUCAACAGGUUCGAGCGUGGGCCUCUUCAUCUACGCUGCUCUGCAGAGGAUGCUGAUAGAGUUCUACGGCCUGGAUGGGUGCCUACUCAUCGUGGGCGCGCUGGCUUUAAACAUACUCGCCUGUGGCAGCCUGAUGAGGCCCUUGCAGUCUCCCGCAUGCCCUUUUCCUGAAAAAAUAGCUCCGGAGAACGUUCUAGAGAGAUACUCCACGCACGGUGAGAAAGAGAAGAGCCUGGAAGAAAAUCUGAACAUCUUGGACAAGGGCUACGGUACCGAAGAUAAAUGCACCAACACCUUGCCCAACGGUGACUGGGCACGGGACAACCCCCAAAACCCCACAGCCGCAGCGCACAAGAAGAAGGUUGUGGAGCAGACUUAUUUUUGCAAGCAGCUUGCCAAGAGGAAAUGGCAGUCAUAUAGGAACUACUGCGGCGAGACCGUGUCUCUUUUCAAAAACAAAGUCUUCGCGGCGCUUUUCAUCGCCAUCUUGCUUUUUGACAUCGGAGGGUUCCCGCCGUCGUUGCUCAUGGAGGACGUCGCGAGAAGUUCCAACGUGAGGGAAGAGGACCUCGCCAUGCCUCUCAUCUCCAUCAUCGGCAUCAUGACAGCCGUGGGCAAGCUUCUUUUAGGCAUCAUGGCUGACUUCAAGUGGGUCAACACCUUGUAUCUCUAUGUAGCCACCCUGAUCAUCACAGGCCUGGCCUUGUGUGCAAUCCCCCUUGCCAAGAGUUACAUCACCUUGGCGAUACUUUCUGGGAUCUUGGGUUUUCUUACUGGUAAUUGGUCCAUCUUCCCGUAUGUGACCACAAAGACUGUAGGGAUUGACAAGUUAGCGCACGCCUAUGGGAUCCUCAUGUUCUUCGCCGGACUUGGGAACAGCCUCGGGCCACCGAUUGUUGGUUGGUUCUACGACUGGACGCAGACCUAUGACAUCGCCUUCUAUUUCAGUGGCUUCUGCGUCCUGCUGGGGGGCUUCAUCCUGCUGCUUGUCGCCUUGCCCUGUUGGGACGCGUGCGACAGGAAGCUCCCUAAGCCAGCGCCAACAGCCUUUUUCUACAAAGUUGCCUCUAAUGUUUAGAGGGAUAUUAAGAGGCAUUAUUUCCUCUAUUUUUCUACUUUAUACUAUAUGUACACACACACACACAUAUAUAUAUAGUAUAUAUGAGUAUGUGUAUAUACUGUAUAUACAUAAUUUAACAAAUUGUUAGGCAGGUUCCCCAGAGUCAAGAGCUUAGAGCAACACUUCGGCUGACUCUGAAGGAGACCGUACUUCCACAUAGCCUGUUUUUAUGUACUGCGUGUGUAACCUUUACCCCUUGUACGCCCCUCCCUGAAGAAGUGGGACUGUUCUCUUUUACUGCUGUUGUUCGUGAGUUCAGGGUGUAAAGCUGUUGGUUCGCCUCGCCAAGUUUUCUCUGGGUGAAGAAGUUUUGUGUCUCUUUGCUUUCCCUGGGAGCUCUACCACACACAAGGUCUUAAACCACACACGUUCCUGUCUUAAACCACGCACGUUCCUGUCUUAAACCACGGAAGCUCCUGUCUUAAACCACGCACACCUCAUGGCGGGAUAUUUGUGAAGACCCCUAAGGAAUAAUUGUCGUCUCCUCUAUAUCAGCCCUGCAAGUCCAGAGAAGACACUAAGCCAUCUCACUUCCAGCAGUGAAAGCGGCAGUUACAAUGUCACUAAGACUUCGAAGACUUUAGACAAGAUUUUUUUUAAAUCGCAGCUGCCUAUUGUCGGUUUUCUGUUUUAUUGUCCUUGUUGAAGCACUGUGGGACAUUCGGUGUUCACUGUGUGUGAACUUGUUCAAUUCCUCAGCAGUCUUUCUGCAUGGCCGGCUCCCUAGGACCUCGCUCCCUGGUGUAUUGGUCAGCAUCCUCUCUCUGAUGUCUCCUAAGAGCUGCUGACUUGCUGGUUUCCGGCUUGGAAAUACACCUCUGAACCAUUCCGUCGGGCAAGUGGGAAGCAUCCCUAGCUUCCGUUUGCUUUGAGCGCCGUGGGAAUGGGUUGCCAGGCCCUGCAUGUCUUCCAAAUGAAGCCGUGGUGCUUUCUCUUGGGCCUUUCCACUGCUGCAUCUUAGUUUAUGGACAGUGCUUAAAAAAAAAAAACACACACACACACAAAACAAAACCCCCCAAAAAGAUAGCAACAACAAAAAAACCCCAAUGCUCUAUGUGUUUGUUAGACGUGGGGAAAGCCAGGGUGAAGAGAAAUUGAUAUACUCAUGCAACCUUCAUUAAUCCCAAGAAUGUUGGAGGGCAAAAAUAAUGUUUAAUAAAUAGAAAUGGGUUCAAGUUUGAGUUCAAACUUGAGAGAAACAAACGGGUUUCCUCUACAGAAACGGGUUUCACCUUCGCCAAGCUUCAGAAUCCCCUACAGACCCUUCAGAAACUGAAAUGCUUGGCACUAUACUUUUAAUUUUAAUUCUGCAUGUCGGCCCAAUGAUCCAUAUUUUAGCGAACUCUGCAGGGAUUCUGGUAACAGGGUCCCAGGACAGCUGGAGACUGGCAACAGUGGGGGAGGGGGGCGUCUGUGCUGAAGAUCUGGGGAGCAAUGAGGGCACAGCACCUUAGGGGAAGGAACAAAAGAAAAGAAACAAAACAGAUUGGCAAUAGACAAACAUUUCCUUUUCUUAAAUACAAGCAAAAAAAAAAAAAAAAGAGACAUCAUGCAGUCAGGUAUUUUAAAACAGAUAGCCAAGGGUUUUUAAAGUAAGGGCUUCCUUCCUGUUGUGCCAAGAUUGUCUUUUCAUUUUUUAAAAAAACCGUGAGAGAUUAUUUUGUACAGCUACCUUGCCUUCUUUUGCGGACACCUGAAGCGUUUUGUUCCACCAGCCCCCACAGCGCCUUCCUGAGGUCAGUGACCAGCUGUGUCCCGUGUCAUCAACCAAGGAGAAAGAUCUAGUGUAGUCAGUUCUGUUCCGUGAUGCAAUAAUGGGGCUCAAAGCACGUUAGACUUGUGCGCCACAAUCAGACUUCUGGAAAGUUCUCUGUACCUCAUUCUUCUGUCUAUCAAAGUUAGUAAAUUAAAAAAAAAUAACUCCAGCUCUAGGGGAUCCGACACCCUCUUCUGUCUCCCACAGGCACCUGUGUACCAGUGGCAUACACACACACACACACACACACAAAUAAAUAAAUAUAAAAAACUUUAAAAUUUAUAGCUAUGAUUUUUUUUAAAGCAAUAAAUAAAAUAAACCAUAUAUGUGUUCAUAGUCAA